CCCAUACAAAACGUUGGGGUUUUUAUUGGCCAGAAAAAAAGCUCGGGGUUUUUGGCUGUCGAUUCCAUCUCUCCCUUUUCUGUAUACAGCCGCUUCUUCUUCUUUUUCAAAGCUGAAUUCUUGCUUUGAAGUAGAAUCGGAGUAAAUUAUAAGAAAAAAAAAUGAAAUUGGACGUCGACGUUUUGAGGUAUCUCUCCAAAGAGGAUUUUAGGGUUUUAACCGCCGUCGAAAUGGGCAUGAGAAAUCAUGAAAUCGUGCCGUCAGACCUCAUCGACCGUAUUGCUUCUCUCAAAUGAUGGGUUUCGUCUUACGUACCUUGGCUAUGAUUUCCUUGCCAUUAAAACCAUGGUCAACCGUGGAGUUUUCACUGCAGUUGGUCGUCAAAUUGGGGUUGGCAAAGAGUCUGAUAUCUUUGAGGUUGCACGUGAAGAUGGUACUGUGAUGGCAAUGAAGUUGCAUAGGCUCGGUAGAACUUCCUUUAGGGCUGUCAAAUCUAAGCGUGAUUACUUGAGGCAUCGUAGUAGUUAUAACUGGCUUUAUUUGUCCCGCUUAGCUGCACUCAAGGAAUUUGCAUUUAUGAAGGCUUUGGAAGAGCACGGUUUUCCUGUACCAAAUGCUGUGGACUGUAAUAGGCAUUGUGUAGUUAUGUCACUUAUCCAAGGUUAUCCACUUGUGCAGGUGAAACAGUUGCAAAAUCCUGAGACAGUUUUCGAAACAAUUCUUGGCCUUAUUGUUCGUCUGGCAGAACAUGGUCUCAUUCACUGUGACUUCAAUGAGUUUAACAUAAUGAUUGAUGAUGAUGAAAAGGUGACAAUGAUUGAUUUUCCACAAAUGGUUUCUGUGUCACACCGUAAUGCACAGAUGUACUUUGAUCGUGAUAUAGAAUGCAUUUUUAAGUUUUUUGGCAAGAGGUUCAACUUGUCAUUUGAAGAAUGCUCUGACGAUAUUGAUGAUUCAGAGGUAGACACGGAUGAAAGUGGCAGGCCUUCCUUUUCUUCAAUAACCAAAACUACUGGUUUUCUCGACAAGGAACUUGCUGCCAGUGGAUUUACGAGAAAAGAUCAGGAUGACAUUCAGAAAUUCAUUGAAGGUGAUGUAGUGGAGGAUGAUGUUUCUGAUGAAGAGCAUGAACCUGAGUUAUGUCGAGCAAACAUAAAGAGCUUUAAUUCAUUGCACUUAGAUCAGGAAGAGCCAACUUCAAGUUGUAAUGAGGAAGGGCAAGUAGAUCAAAACCAUCAUACCCCUGAAGCAGGUCAAGGCGGUGAUUCUGAAAGUCAAAAUUCAAGCAAUGAGGAGGAAGACAAUCAGAACGCUGAUGAAAAUGAUGCUGAACUCAUGAAGAGCUUGGCCAAGCAGAGACGACGUGCAAUGGCUGCAGCACGUAAAGGACGGAAGAAUAUUGCGUCCAGAAAUUCUUACAAAGACAAAGGGGGUAAAUCUUCUAAUAAUUCUAAAAUCCAGAAACAAUUGAGUAGUUGGUAAAUUUCAUAAUCAAUCCGACACAAUCUGAGAUACACUCCCUUGUGGUGAUAACGGUCGUUUUCAUACUAUGGAGUUUCCGCUUGUUUUUUUUUUUGUAUAGUUGGGGAGGGGCAGUGAAAGUGUCCACGGGGGAUUUUAUUUUGAUUUUUUUCUUUAAAAAUUUUUUACUAUAAAUCUUGCACAUUCAUCCGUAUAUUAAAUCCACUCUCUCUCACUAUACUUGCAUUAAAAGUUGCAAGAUUUUAAGAGCAAUCUGAUGUCUAUGUGGCAACUUU